UUGCGCGUCACCGUUACGUCCUGGGCGCCCCGCGGCUUACGCAGGCGCGCCUUUGUCGGGCCCCUUUUGCAGCGCCCAUUGGCUCCGCGGCAGCACGUCCCUCCCCACGGAAGUGCGGUCAUCUCCACUCGGACCCGGUGGUCGCAGCCGCUCAGGAGCUCCAGCCUGGGAGGAUGGUGUGCAUUCCUUGUAUCGUCAUUCCGAUUCUGCUCUGGAUCUACAAAAAAUUCCUGGAGCCCUACAUAUACCCGCUGAUUUCCCCCUUUGUUAGUCGUAUGUGGCCUAAGAAAGCUCUUCGAGAAUCCCACGAUAAAAACAAAGGCAAAGUAGACUGUAAGGGUGCAGACAUAAAUGGAUUACCAACAAAAGGUCCGGUGGAAAUCUCUGAUAAAAAGAAAGACUAAAGUGAUUGUUCCAAAGGAUCUCAUUGUUUUAAAAAUGGACCUGAUAAUAUGAAGCACCUUGCUGGCAAUUGUCUCUGACCUUUUUCUCUCUGAGACCAGAAUUUGGAAUAGAUAGCUUAGAUACUCACCUGAUACUAAUCAGGAAAUACAUGAUAUUUAUAUUUUAAAAGUGUUUAAUUAUAUUUAAUGAUCUUAUUCCUGAGUUCCUAUUUCAUUAAAGUAGCUUCCAUUUCUAUUUAUCGCAGUUAUGAAUAAGUAGAAGGUUUGUGCCAGUAGACACUGCUACUGAACUAGUACUCAAAAAUCCUUUUGGUUCAGGCUCUUCGAAUUUGAGCGGAGUACAAUAUUACUGUGAAACAGUGCAGUGGGACUGUGUGGUGAAAGGAGGGGGUUUGGGGAGAUGAUGAAGACUUCAAAUAUAAAAAUAUAAUUACUGUCCAGUGGAACGGAGCAGCCUACUUCUGAUAGUAGUUCCUGCUUAUGGCUCUGAGGAAAAUAGAAAAGACGGGGAAAUCGGGAAAACGCCUUUGAAAAAUGGAAUACCUUUUACAAAAAUAUCUAAUGUACAUUAUAAAAUUCGAAUCCUUGUUGCAUUCCUUCUGUUCUUACAAAGUAUAUUAAAUAUUCAGUUUA